AUGAAGAAUGUGGUGAGCAAUGGUGAUGAUCCAUUAUCAUUCAAUUCAUCUGCCAACUCCACAACAGUCUCAAGUAAUAGAAGGCCAUGGAUGAACUCAUUCUGCGUUGUCAACUUUGACCUAGAGCUUGGCCAGACUUUGGAAUACAGCUUCCCAAAGAUUGGAUUGUUGGAGGAAGAGGUCACAAACCUAUGCUUUCUUUCAUUCCCCGAUACGAGCUCACAUCAACAAGGAGAUAUUAUCUAUUCGUUCAAGAUUGAUUGCAAACAACAGCUAGUGUCCUCAACAACAAACAACACAUCGUAUCAAUAUGGCUAUGUAUUCUUUCGUCAAGAGAAGGACCCAUCAAUACCACGAGGCUACCUCCAAAAGUCAGUGGUAUUACUCAGUGAUGAACACUUUGUUGGUCUGUACAAGAAAGUGAUCGAGGUCAUUGGUCCACUGUUCUUUCAGUUUGGCAGCACGCUCUUGGAGGUGGCCCAUCAGAAUAUAUCGGCAUGGCCACAGCUGGUUUUCGGGCAGACAUACGAGUUACCAAUACUCGGUUCAAUAUUCACGUUUCAUGCCCCUUCCUCCUCUGGCACACCCUACACAACCGACCCUGUCCUCAAGCAGAAUCUCACAGCGCUCAAAGAAAAGUCACAGGUCGUAUCGGUCAGCAGCAUUCAAACAAACGAACUGUAUCGAUGCUUCAAGAGCUUGGCAAACAAACUCUGGAUGCUCUGGGAGAUGGUACUACUUGGUCAUCCAAUCCUGGUGAUAUCACCCAGCCCAGCACAUUCGUCAGACACAGUUUUGGCAUUGAUUAGUUUGAUUGCACCACUAAAGUAUUCUGGAGACUAUCUACCCUAUCUAACCAUCAAUGACAGCAACUUUCAUAAGUACACCGUGGCACAUCCACUUGACCAACCACCUCCAUCUUCAAUACUGGGUGUAACCAAUCCAUUCUUCCUAAAGGCACUGGAGCAUUGGCCAACCAUUUUAAAUAUUGGUUAUCAAUAUCAAAAACAUGAAUCUUCUCCUUCCUCUCCAGGGAAGAAGUCAAUGGCACUGUCUUUUAUGCCAAAGGAUAGUUUUAUUGGUAAACGUCUAUCACCCGACCAGAAUAAGGAGAGAAUCAAUACAUCAUACAAGUCACACAUCAUACCAGACAAAUCAUCAAUCAAGAAAAUCACCGACCACGACGACCUUGCCAUAGUUAAUCAGGGUCUUUGUGAUUACUUCCAGCAACAGACACACAACUUCCUCAUGCCAUUGGACAGAUAUUUCUCGACACUGCUGCCCACAACCAAAGCAAUAUCAAUUUUCCAGAGACCACCUAGACUCAAGUAUUUCGAUAACAAAGAGUUUCUUGAUAAACUGGAAGAGAGCGAGGAAACAUAUAUCACCGACAUCAAGAGUAAGGAGCUAAGUUUGUAUCGAGAAUUCCUACUCAGUGUCAACUUUAAACAAUGGUUGGAGGACAAAAGAAAUGAAGCCAUCAAGAAUCUCAAUGUACUCUACAGACAGGCCAUUAUCGACGCUGACAUCUCCGCACUGCUGAAACACAAACCAAUAUCUAUAAUUCAAGACCUGUACAAAAGAAUUCAAGACCAAUUGGUAUUGGAGGAAAACUUGUUCCAUACUCCGGUUGCCCUUCUUCAGAAGAUGAAGGAGGCACUCAGGCUAAUUUCUUUGCACCUGCAGAGCACCAAA